AAGGAAGGGGAAUCCUACGGGGAACUGUACAUUUUGAUCUUGUGGAAGAUCAGUAGUUGAUCAAGAAAUGGGUGAGAUUCUUAGGGGGUAAACAUUUCAGGGUUAUGGGGGCUCCCCUCAGAAAUGGCUGAUACGGACCCCUGGCGUCCCCAGGAAGACUCAGGUGUAUCCCUCAGAAGCCAGAACCCUUUCAGGACAUCUCCCUGCACACCUGGGCCCAUCCUCGCAUGCUCAAGUACCCCUCUCCCUGCCCCUCUGGGAGCUUUGUGAGAUAACGGUCUUGGCUCAGCGGGCAUGUGGGUGACAUUUCAGGAGCAGGUAACCUUCGAUGAAGUGGCUGUGGACUUCACCCAGGAGGAGUGGGGGCUGCUGGGUCCUGCCCAGAAGACCCUGUACCACGACGUGAUGCUGGAGACCUUUAGGCACCUGGUCACCGUGGGGCUUUGGAUCCCCAAGCCACAUAUCAUUGCCCAGCUGGAACUCGGAGUAGAGCCAUGGAUGAGGGACAGAGGACUCUCCCAAGAUUCCUGCCCAGAAUCGAAGAACAGACCUAAAAGCCAAGAGUCACUAUCAACAGAGGCCAUUUCUGGUGGGAAACUACCCAGCAGCAUGAACCUGGCAAGAUCCACAAUGGGUGAUUGCUGUCACUCUACCAUAGCAGACGACUGGGAAUCUGAGGAUGAAGCAGAAAAGCAGAAGACAUGUGAUGGCAGUGUGGGGCGAAUGGAAUGUAAACAAGGGCAAGUAGUGACCCAGGAUGGGGAUGGGGAAAAUGCUGAAGUUGUGGGAAAAUGCAGCUUCGGUUCAAACUUGGUUUCUUCACAGAAAUUUCUUAUCAAAGAACAUUUCCAUCAAAUUGACUCAGAAGUUCAAAGCUUACAGCAUAAUUUUUUUUUUAAAAAUCAUCAGGAAAUCUUGGUUGGAAAGAAACCUUGUAAAGGCAAUCCAUGUAAAAAAGCCUUGGAAAAACUAUAUAAAUUGAAUGAGCAUGGCAAAUAUACCAACCAGAGCAUAUGCCUUUCUACAGAUGAGAUAAUUAGUACAGGAGAGAAAUUUUAUGGAUGUAAAGAAAGUGGGGAUUUUUUUACCCAAAGCUCACCCCUCUCUCAGGUCAUAAGAACUCAUAGUGGGGAGAAAGCCUAUGAAUGUAAUGAAUGUGGGAAAGCCUUUAAGAAGCUUUCAUCUCUUUCUCACCAUCUGAGAAAUCACAGUAGAGAGAAAGCCUAUGAAUGUAAGGAAUGUGGGAAGUCUUUCUGGCAGAGCCUUCACCUCAUUUUGCACCAGAGAAUUCACACUGGGGAGAAACCUUAUGAAUGUAAUAAAUGUGGAAAAUCUUUUAGCCAAAAUUCUCACCUUAAUGUACAUCAGAGAACUCAUACUGGAGAGAAGCCCUAUAAAUGUGAUGAAUGUGGAAAAUCCUUCAGUGGAAGGUCUAAUCUUAAUGUGCAUAAGAGAACACAUACUGGAGAGAAACCCUACAAAUGUAAGGAGUGUGGGAAAGCCUUCAGUGACCGCUCAUCAUAUACACAACAUGAAAGGACGCACACUGGAGAGAAACCAUACAAGUGUAAUGAGUGCGGAAAAGCCUUCAGCCACAGCUCUCACCUUACAGUUCACAAGAGAAUCCAUACUGGUGAGAAACCAUAUAAAUGUAAUGAAUGUGGGAAAACUUUCAGUUUUCAUUUAUCCUUCACUCAACAUAAGAGAACACACACUGGAGAGAAACCCUAUAAAUGUCAUCAGUGUGGGAAAGCUUUUAGUCAAGGUUCUAACUUUAUUGGGCACCAAAGAACUCAUACCAGAGGGAAAAAACUACAUAUUUCAUUUUAAUAAAUAAAAGCUAUGCAAGUACACUUAGAUUUUUGACCCAUUCCCAGAGAAGGGCUGAGCCUGGUGGCAUUUGAUACCUAGGGAAAUUGCCAGUGAGAAACAAUUAGUAAGAUCAAAACUCCCUUCAAUAAUACUAGUUAAUACAGUCAACCAGUGUGGGAAAGGCUGUUGCUGAGAAAUCAAAAUAGGUUGAUGAUACUUGAUUAAAUGACUGAAUGUACUCUUCCAAAGAGCCAGAGUGCCACUAUUUACUUCAUUGUUUCCCCAAUGCUAAAAAGUUAGACUGCUGCUAAUUUGUUUCAAGAAGUU